ACAUACAACUGAUUGGCUGGAAUUAAACUUUCCUAGCUGCUUCCGGGUUACUUUCUAUUGUCGGUGUUCAGAUUUGAACAAAGAUUACUAUCAAAUAUUAUCAUCAAACCUUUAUGUUGACGACGAUUCAAACGGACAGGUGUCAGGCAGGGUAAACUGAUUUGGACCGGACCACCCGACCCUAUCAUCCCAGCCAUGGAGCGUGUAAUGGGCGGAGUGGUGCCGCUGGUCCUGGGUGGACUGGGGCUGGUGCUGCUCUACCGGCUGCUCCAGAGGCUCCAACAGGGGGCUACCAUCCAGGACACUGUAGUGGUCAUCACUGGAGCCAGCUCUGGCCUGGGAAGAGAGUGUGCUCGGGUGUUCCAUGCUGCCAAAGCAAGGCUGGUUCUGUGUGGCCGGGACGGAGCCAGGCUACAGGACGUCGUUCAGGAGCUCAUAGCCACUGCAGCAGACAGCCAGCAGCAGACGUACACCCCCUGUAUGGUGAUCUUUGACCUGUCCGACACAGCGGAGGUGGUUGCCAUGGCCGCAAAGGAGAUCCUGAGUUGCUACGGCCACGUGGACAUCCUCAUCAACAACGCCGGCAUCAGUCACCGCGGCAACAUCCUGGAGACGCACAUCUCCGUACAGAGGGACGUCAUGGACACCAACUACUUUGGGCCCAUAGCUCUAACUCAAGCCCUCCUGCCCUCCAUGGUUCGCCGGCACAGUGGACACGUAGUGGUCAUCAGCAGUGUCCAGGGGAAGAUUGCUAUCCCCUACAGAUCAGCUUAUGCUGCCUCCAAACACGCCACCCAGGCCUACUUUGACUGUCUGAGGGCUGAGAUGGAGCGCUACAAUAUCCAGGUGACAGUGGUCAGCCCUGGCUACAUCAGAACCAACCUGUCUCUUAACGCUGUCACGUGUGAUGGCUCCAAAUAUGGAGUCCUGGAUGAGACAACAGCUUUAGGGCGGGAACCGAAAGAUGUGGCCCAAGUGGUCCUGAAGGCUGUCCAUCACAGGAGUAAAGAGGUCCUUUUGGCUGGGCCCCUGCCCACUCUGGCCAUCUACAUUCGCACCCUGUGGCCCGCCCUCUUCUUCAAAGUCAUGGCCUCUCGGGCCCGCAAGGAGCAGAAAUCCAAAGAUGAGUGAGAAGUUGGAGAGGAUGUGACAAAACUAUGGGAAUGGAUAAAUUGAUUAAUGCACACUGACUUGCAAAUGGAAAAGUUGUUUUGUUCUAAAGCCACAGUGUGAUGUGUAGUGUUUCAUUAGAUGAAAUAACUGAAAAUCUUAAACUGCUUCAACUUCAAGGUUAACAUCUUGCGAAGUGUUCAGGGUAGAUCACAUUAACAAUUAUGAUAUUGACGUGUAAUAACAUUUCAUAGCGACCUGAACAUUGAGUACAUUUCAUUUGUUGAAAUGAUUAGCUUUGGAGUUUGUUCAUGAUAAUUUGUGAAUUAAACAAAAAUACAGAUCAAUUUGAUGUCGUUGUGUGCCCCUGAGCUAUACUACCAUUACUGGCUUAGCUCAUAGACCUGUUAGAAAACUCAGUUGCUCUGUCAUCUGAGUUCUUCAUGAGUGAAUACUGUAUUAUGUGAUGGUUAUUGUUUUUGAACAAAACUGUUGAUGGUGCAGAUAUAGUAUAGACAUCCAGGGAUUGUUUCUAAUAACCUUAUUUCUCUCAAAUGAUAUUUAUUUGUGGCCUCAGGUAUAUAAGCACAUUACAAUUAUAAACAGGACAGGGUGAAAACAUGUACAGAAGCCUAAUACAAUAUACUACGUGGUAACACGUGCUGACUGAGAAUUUCAAUUUACAUUAAUACAGAACAAUUUGAGUGAACAUUGAUCAAAACCAUCUUCAAAAAAAUCCAACAGGAAAUGUAAACAUUUCUGGAGCAUAUGACGAGUGUCAGUCCAGCGAUUUUCUCAGAAUGUUCUUGCAGUGUAACGUUUCUAGAAGUUCUAUUUUACAUUAAAGCUGCAAUAUGUAUGUUUUUGGGGCGACCUGAAAAGCAUCCUCCAUUCGCUAAUUAAGUGCAUAGAUGACAUGUAUUUUUUUUUUCACUGCCCCGAGACAGGUGCAUGAUAAUGGGCCAUUCUAAAUCAAAACUAAUUUCACUAAUUAUUUAUUAUAUGUAAAGACAAGAUUAAAUGAUGGGUGAGAAUAUCACUUGUGAAUGAUGCCCAGCGUGUGCAGUAACGCAAGAAGCAGCACAUGCCUUUUUUGCUGCUUUUUGAAAUCAUAGUUGCACACCUCACGCAAGAAACAGCACAUGCCUUUUUUGCGGCUUUUUGAAAUCAUAGUUGCACACCUCACGCAAGAAACAGCACAUGCCUUUUUUGCGGCUUUUUGAAAUCAUAGUUGCACACAUGUAGGCCCAUAGGCCUAUAUGUUCUGAUAAGGUUUGGAUCACAACUAAAAAGUGUCCAAAUAACUUAAAUUAAGCCGCUUUACAAUCGAUGUUGAGCUUAACUGGCAAACAUAGGCGGCACAUGAGUUUCAAGUUUGGGGAAGAAAGAAAAAAUAUGCACCUUUAUGCAUGUAAUGCUUUAUUAUAGUCACAUUUGCGGUCACUUUUGAGAACAGCUAAUUGAUUGCAUUUUGGAACAUUUGCUCUUAUAGCGCAUUGCUGCGCUUAUGUGAAGAAAUAGCAUAAUAGUUUAUCAACAUUUUAAGCCAAACGUUCUGAUAGGUUGCAUCAGCCUAAUUGCUUUUAGGUUUGAUGCGAGUGGUAUUAAUUUGGGAUCUAUCACAUCCCGCAACUGUCCCAGAGUAUGUUCUUGCACAGAAUAGGUCAACCUUUGUACUAUGGGCGAUAGUAGAUUGACAUAGGCUAGUGCUUUUGCUGUUUGUUAGGCCUACUCAUCUUAUGUGGACCGUUCUAACAUCUUCAAAACACUCCUCGGAAUUCGAUGAAGGACGCACGCUGUUGCAUCCCCAAUGUGUCUGUAUUCACUUGUAGCCUACUUCAGAGUUGAGAUGCCUGUGAGAAGGACCCGAUCACAUGAAGUGCAUUGGCUAAUAAGAAUUGAGAUAUCUGAGAGAGCCAUGUGAGUGAGAGGUGCUUCGGAGCAAGGCUGCUGGGAGAAGGGAAUUCUAAUUAUUAUAUUUCAGCCCAUGGGCACACAGCCACUUUGGCUGCAAAAGCCAUGGGUUUUUUAGGGGGCAUUAUGGCCACACAAGGGGGAAGCCGCCAGGGAAUUCAAGGCCUGUUGAGAAUAUUAUCAAGUGCUUGUCAAAUUGUGAAUGAGAGACUGAUGAAGUGUGUGCAGCCUGCACAAGAAACAAUGCAGAGCUCAUUCCUUUCAUGCAUAUUUUUUUUUCAAAUCAUUAGAGGUACAACAUUCAGCCUUAGAAUAUAUCAAUAUAUAGCUCAAUGUUUGUAUCACAACUAAAAUUGCAUAAAUAACUGUUUCUUAUAGCCGCAUGUGCGCAAUCCUUUGGAAUUAAUUUGGAGAAAAUAUACUUUUGUAUUCUUCAUACAAUAAAAUAAUGCUACUGAA